CGGGGACACCGGGGGGGCGGGGCCCGAGGAUGGCGCGGGACAAGGAGAAGCGGAGCUGCGGGCAGGUGGUGGCCGAGUGGCGAGCGUUCCUGUGGGACCCCCGCACCCGCCAGUUCCUGGGCAGGACUGGCUCCAGCUGGGGGCUGAUCCUGCUGUUCUACCUGGUGUUUUACGGGUUCCUGGCGGGCUCUUUCGCCCUCACCAUGUGGGUGAUGCUGCAGAGCGUCGACCCCCACGUGCCCAAGUACCAGGACCGGCUGCUGACCCCCGGGCUGAUGAUCCGUCCCUGCACCGAGGGUCUCGAUGUCACCUUCAACGUGAGCCAGAGCCAGACCUGGCACCAGUACGUGAGAGCCCUGCACCAGUUCCUGGAGCCGUACAACGACAGCGUCCAGGCCGCGCGGAACGCGGCGUGCGCGGCCGGGCGCUACAACGAGCAGCCGGACGACGCCGUGCCCAACUACCCCAAGCGCGCCUGUCGCUUCGAGCGCUCCCAGCUCGGGCCCUGCGCCGGCCUCGGCCCCCACGGCGACUACGGCUACGGCAGCGGCCGGCCCUGCGUGCUCGUCAAGGUCAACCGGGUCAUCAACUUCUUCCCGGGCAAGAACAAGAGCAUCAACAUCGUCUGUGCUGCCAAGCGUGAGGAGGACGCCGCCCUGCUGGGCCCCAUGCAGCUCUUCCCCCCCAACGGCACCAUCGACCUCAUGUACUUCCCCUACUACGGGAAACGCGUCCACGUGAACUACACGCAGCCGGUGGUGGCCGUGCAGUUCUCCAACGCCACGGCCAACGUGGAUCACCACGUGGAAUGUCGCCUCAACGCCGCCGGCCUCCGCACCGACGACGAGCGCGACAAAUUCGCCGGGCGCGUGGCCUUCCGCCUGCGCAUCAACCGCGACUGACCCCGCCCGGAGCCCCCCGUAGCCCCCCGGCUCCUCCCCCAUCGCCGCCGCCGCCGCCAUCGCCGCCCCCAGCUCGGGUCUAAUCGCCCGCCCCGCCCCCGUCGGGAUGCUCCUAAUCUGAGGAUAAUAAAUGUACAUAGAUAUUUUUUAUAUGAGAAAUCGAUUAAACGGUGCAGUAGGGCCCUGGCUCGUCCCCUCCCGCCUCCAUCGUGGCGCAAAA